AUGGAGCCGCGCUGCUGCAAGGCGGCUGUGGUGAAGAGGAUUGUGGAGCUCAUCGAGGAGCUUCCCGAUGACUCGUCACCCAGCGCCGUCCUCGCCCACUCCCUGGCUGCAGUUUGCAACCUCUGCACCAUGAAACCUGCCCUGGAGCCAGCCCUAGAGACCCACCUCUUGCGAGCUGCCCUUCACUCCGUCUUCACCCUGGGCACGGAGAAGGACACCACCGGCAUCCAGGCUCUGCGCAAAGUCAUCCCAGAGGUCCUGGAUGCCAUGCUGGGGAACCUGCUGGCAGAGUCUCCAGACACAGACAGGCUCCACUUCAUCUUGGAGCAUGUCAACUUCUGGGUCGUGUCCAGGGUGUCCCAGGAGCGAGCCAGGGCUAUCAGGAGCAGCACAGCCCUGCUGAGAUACACAGUCACCCUCCCUGAGUUUGACAUCUCAGCCGAGUUCCCUCGGAUGGGUCACCAUGUGGCCCAGCUGGCUCUAUUUGUCAGCGAGCCAGACAAGGACAUCAGCCGGCAGGCCAGGGAGGGGACUUACCGGCUCUACCAACUGCUGCUCCAACAGAGGGGGCUGACCAUACAUGAGGCGGAAGAUCUCUGGUGCUAUGACUGGCACCAGGACAGCAGGCUCUUGGGCUACAAGAAUACAGCCAGAGUGGGGGAGGUCUUUGGAAAAUUCUUCUCCAUCGGGCAGAGAAGAUCCUUCCUACAGACAGCAGUGCUGGCCAUCCACGACCCCCUGCUGCAUGUCAGCCAGGCUGGGCUGGUGCUCGUCUACUCCCUCCUGGGGGAAGCCCAGCAACUGAUGGGGGACACGCACGAGGAUGUCACAGCCAAGGUCAUGUGCCAGCUUCACAUCAUCUGGCACUUGCACCAGAUGCCCGAGGCGCUGCAAGGGCUGUGGCUCAUCUGAUGCUCUUAAAGGUUCCCCUCCCUGUUCAACAAGUCCCGCUCCCUGCUGCAGGUACUGCUCUGUCUCACUGUAAAUGGGGGGUUAGUGGAAGCGGAAAUGGAGGCUCCUGGCAUUCCACAGAAACUCUCUCCCCGCUCUGUGGAGCUGGGUCCUUCACUCGGCCCCCCAAAUUCCUUCAUCUGGGGCAGGAGCUCUUUCCCUCACACCCAUAUCCCUCCCCUCUUUCCUUGAUCUCACCCCCAUCCCAUUCCCCGUGCUCCCAGGCAGAGAUCUUCCUGCAACAUAUGGUGCAGAAGGACCUUUGGGUCAGGGCUACAGACUGUCUGUCCAACUGAAGCUCAGGAAGUUCCACAUUCGAGGAGGUGAGGAUGGGACAGAGGCUCAGGGCUAGCUUCAUCUCCUGCCCUUUAUUCUUCCUUUGGCCCUUCUCUGGGCUCUCUGAGUCUGACAUGAAGAGGAGCCUCCUCCCCCUGUGUCUUCUAGGCCCUGGGGUAUGUGACAGCCUCCCAGAUGAGUGCAGUCAGAAGCUGAACCACGUCAGGGAGCAGUGGGGACAGGUCUCUUGUCCUAGGAAACAAAGUAGUGGUAGUUCUCAAAGAGGCUGAGAGGGAAGAGCCCACUCCCUCCUGGAGGUAAGAGCCAUUGACUUCUUUGGGCAUCUGGGUUUCUUGGGGGAGAAAUGGGAUCCCUGCUGGCUGGGAGCUUCCCCCAUCCCUGGGACAGAGACAUCUCCAUCAAUGUGCCACCCUUGUUUUUUUCCUAGCAAGAGGCUCCCCAGAGAACUCCUCCUCAAACCUGUUCUCCUGGGAGCGUUUCUGGGAGGAGGCUCCCGUCCCUCAGUCUCCAACUCCAUAAUGCAGUCUCUUUCACCUAACAUCUCCGCUCUCCAGCUCCACUUCCCACAGCAGGACAAACGGACCUUCAGCUCCUAGAGAACAGACUCUGACCUCCUUCUGAUCAGCAAUGGGGUUUCCCCAUCCCCUCAGCAAACCUGUCAGCCGGGCUGGACCGGAUUUGAAGGAGGAGGGUAUCUAACAGGGUGGCUUGGCCUAUGGCUGCCUAGCCUGGGACUAGGCCAAAUUGAUGACCAAGUGAGCCCCGCCUGAGAGGAAACAAGGGAAAACAGCAGCAAAAAUAGAGAAGCAGAGCGAGCUGUUCAGUCGACGGCCUUGGGCCAAACCCUGGAGUCCAGGGUAGGACCGGCUUCUCUCACCAUCCCUAAGGAAGGGGACAUAGAAGACCCUAGAAACCCAAGAAGGGCAGGCCGAGCUGAAAUCAGGCUGAGGAAGAACUCCCCACGAGGGUGGAAGGCCUUGUUUCUGUUCAAGACAUUUUUGGACUUUGUUUGCAAAGAGCAUGACCCAGGAAGGAGUGGAGUAAAGCACAGUCACCUGGUUGGAGGGCUGAGUUCCCAGCCAAGAAACUGCAAGAGUGAGUAUCAGCGGGGUUGCUAGCCCAGCUAGAAAGCAGUGACACGAGGCCUGGCCAGCAUCUAGCGGUGAGUGAACUCUGGUACACACCCAAACCGGCUGUGUCUGGAACCCUGUGUAGCCUCUUCUUUGGGAAGUUCCCAUGGGUCAGUGGGGCUUGAAUCUCUCCUGCUCCUUUGGUCUCUUUGGGCUUCACACGAGAUGUCUGGUGAACUGCCCUUGGACUCUGGACCCAGCACCGCUCAGAAAUUAUUCGCUACUUUCAGAGAGACAGGGCACAGCUCAGCCUGUUGGGUAGGCUGGAGACUCACACUUCACUCGAACACACAACACUGAGGUGGCUUGGGAAGCAUAGUAACAAAGAAGAGAUUUAAGUGAUACUAAGCAAGAGAAAGAGACAAAUUUCAACCAGAGAAACCAAACACAACAGACUUUGGAGUGACUAAAACUGAAUCUUAACAAGUCACAAUCUUUGCCUUAGCAGUUUCCAGACUAACAUUUCAGCUUUCCUAACAGACCUUCUUUGAUGUCCCUGUAGGGUAGAAAACUUCUCUGUCGAAUCCGCUGAUUUGAUUGCUUCGUCUUCUGGUUUCAGACCCUCUGUUCUCCUUCUGGGCUGCCUGGACCCUGACUGUAACAUCUCUCUGGCCCAGCCUCUUACACAGAUGUGUGCUGCAGCCAGCCCAGCGCAGGGAGCAGUGGGGACAGAUGAUCUCAUCCUGUCAGACAAAGCAUCAUGGGUCCCAUUGAGGUUUAGAUGGAAGAUCCCAGGCAUCUCCUGGAGAGGAUGCGUCCGGGACACUGGAGACUGUUUCGUGCAGGAGGUUUGAGCGGGGAGAGAUCACUCACUGUCAUGACCCAUGGGUCAUUAACCCGGGCCUGCAGGGUUCCUGGGAGCGGCCACCCUCCAGCACACCACCUGGAAGCCUACGGAAAACUGCUUAGGUAGGACUGACGAAGUCCAGACCCAGUUUGAGGCUCCUAUUGGCAGAGUCCCAGAGCAGCUAAUUGGCCCCCAGGACCUCCUUAAACCAGCAGCACGAAGAAGAAGCUGUCUGAACAGCCGAACUCCUCCCCUGCUCUGGACCGUGUGUUGGCUGUUCCUGCUCCCACUCCCCAGGCUUGAUUUCCUGGCAUCCGGACUUGGGGUGACUCAUCUGACUUGAGGUUCUGAACACAAUUUGAUCUUUUGCUUCUGCUCUUCCAGUGUCCUGACCCAGCUGACUCUCGACUCCUGUCUUGUGAGUGUGGCCUCUGCCUUUGACCACUAGGUCUGGCUGCCCAUGACCCAGCCAUGACACUGACUUUUCUACAAUUCCUCCAAUGCCCUUUUCUGCUCUCCAGCUCUGCUCUCCCAGCAAGAAACACCGAUGCCUUGGCUCCCAGAGUCCUGCUUGCCUGCUAGUCAAGGGCUCGGGGGAGUGCUUGUCUUGCCCCCUCCCCACCACAGCUGCUUUUCCUAUGGGACUCUCCCUAGCGCAGAGGAGAAUCCGUCCUGGCAGCAAUUCAGGAAGUCACAGAAGGGACGGUCUGCUCAGCUCCCUCUGCAAUGCCACUGCCCGAGACCAUUACGAGUGGGUGCCCAGUGACUGCGCCGGCAGCUCCUUGAGAGACUCCUGGGGGCAGAGUAGUCAUGUUUAACGGUGACCGCGGGAAGCCAUGCGAAGAGUGCGGCAUUGAAGAGACUCUCUUUCUGUCCCAAAGGGUUUCUGUUCUCCUGCACGGUCAGACCGUGGGGCCGGCUGGCAGAAUGAGGAAGAGCUGGUUGGUGAUGAGUCGGAGGAUUCACCAUACAGGUGGCAGCAGCUGCAGAUCCUGGAGUCCCUGUGGUUUGUGAUAAGAGGAGGAGGAGACUGCGCAUAUCUGAAUGAUGAGAAUGGGGUCAGCAGCUUGCAAUGCACCAGUGAGAGACACUGGAUCUGCACCAAACCCGAUGCAUUUACACAGGCACAGGAGGCUGCCGUGGUAGGGGGCUCAUAAGGAGAGUACUGUGGAAUUAGUUCCGGAAAAGCGGGACUGAUCUCUUUACAAGAUCACAUCUGAGCAAUUCCAGAAUAUCGGGGAAUGCUCUGCGCAUCACUGGGCAGAGCACUGUGGAUGCAGGUGAAAACCAGAGAUGCUAUUUACACAUCUUGUCCCCCCACCCGUGCCGUCUCUUUUUCCGCCAGUGGAACGGCUCAAAUCCAGCCUUUCCAGCCUACCUCAGCUGGACCAGGAACUCUGCCUAACUGAGCCAAGGCACCAGGCUCAGCUUUCACUGCCGUGACAUUCCCCCACAGAAGCUUUUUACUCUAGAAAAUUAUCUAUGGAAUUUUUUAAAAAUAUUCAUCAUUCCCAUUUUAUGGUCUGGAAUAGAGCUGAGGGGAGGAUGUUCUCCAUUCCCCUCCCCCCCCAAGCAACUUUUUAACAAGAUUUUUUUAUGGGUCAGUUUUUGGGGUGUUUUGAAAACCCAAUUGAUUUUGAAGUUUGCAGGUUUACAACACCUGGUUCCUGGUUUCAUGCUUUGGAUGAAAGCAUGAAAGUUUUAAACUGGUUUUAAUUUUCCAUUUUUAGUGUUAAGAGUGCUGCACCUGCCAAGGGAGGGGCCUGGAACUUAGGAGUAAGAGGAGAAAUGUCUGUUCUCUCCCUUCCUGGAGCCCAGUGGGUUUGAAAAGGGCAGGGAGGGGAUCGGUGUGACACAGACAGACCAGGUGCCAGGUCAUGCCAAAGUCCCCAUGUCUCAAGGGGACCCUGAGAAAUACACAACUGGGAUCAGGCUGGCUCACCUGUGUGUUAAGAUAGGUAUUAGCGUUAUAAGACUGUGUUUAGCCUUUAUUGAAUGCUUGUGAGCUGCUGCAGCAUUAAUCUCAUUUCUUCUGACCUCUGUAUCCCACAUUGUAAGGUAAUAUUGGAGCGUUUGUUUUGCGAGCCUCUGUGACUGUGUAAAUCACCAGACAGGAGAGUGAAUUGAGGCAUUUAGGAGUGUGAAGUGCUGAUCUCCAGCAGCUCAGAGCACAAGGGAGGAGGUGGGAUACAAGAAGGAACUGAAUCUAGCUCGUUGAUCCUGGGGGGCAGGGUUUUCUAGGCAUAAGCAAGAGUUCCCCAGCUGCUUAGCCUGGGUUAGCCCUAAAGGACAGAGUUUAUAAUGGACCAGUGAUACACAGACUGCAGCUCAUGAGCUGCAAGUGACUCUUUGAUGUGUCUCCUGCCGCUCUUUGUAGCGCAUGAUAUUAAAACACUGUGAUUUCAUUGUUAACCAUAGUAAAACCAGUGCUUUUACUAUGUUAUUAGCCACUAAGUUAUUUGCUGCAAGCAUUUAUAUAAAAAUCUAAAUAUGUUCCCUGCCCUUCUGUUUAAAUAGGAGUAGUACUAUAGUAAAUGAAACAAUGAAUUCACGCUACUGUGGCUCCUUUGGGUAAGGUUGAUCACUAAUUUCACUCCUGAACCACUGAGCUCGGAGCAUCACUGCUAUAGAUGCUUCUGUUACCUUUUUGAAACUUUGUAGCUUAGUUGUGUAGAUAUGUUCACCCGCUUUAGCCUUGUAAAUAAAUCUUAUUUCCUUUUUAAUAAAUUAUCCUAGAAUAAGACUGGCUACAUGCGCUGUCUUUGGUGUGACGUCGAAGGUGCAGGUCACCUGUGGUGCCUGGACCCAUGGGACUGGGAGUAACCUGAAUGCUGUUGUGAUCCUGAGUGCAAGAGACCAUCUGUCUCACAAAGGCAGGCUCACCUGGGUUGCGAGACAGCUCGGAGUA